AUGCUCGGAGACAGCGAGCUUCAGGCGCUCAAUAGCAGCUUGAAGACAGUUGCCGACGAUAAUCAGCGCCAUCAUCAAGAGCUUCAUAGGCUACUCGACCAAUUUCACUUUUUGUUGGAGAGCUAUAACCGACUCAAAAGUGACUAUGAGGAAGAAAAGGAAGGACGUGAGCGAUACAAAAAGCUUGCCAGAGCCCAGGAGCGAAAUCCAUUUAUCCUCGUCCUAGUCGAUGGUGAUGGCUAUCUGUUCAAGGAAUACUUGAUCAAGGCUGGAGCCGAAGGUGGCGUUAAAGCCGCUCGGGUACUGAAUGAUUCUAUUAGGGACCUUGCACACGAACGACUGGGAAUCGAAGCAGACCAAUGCCGAAUCAUGGUGCGCAUAUACUCCAAUAUUUUGGGCUUGUCGAAGUCUAUGGCACGGUCCGGACUGGUGCGACAUGAGGCGCGCUCCUUGUCAACGUUUGCUUCCAGCUUUACACGCGCACAAGACCUGUUCGACUAUGUUGAUGCUGGAGAUAAGAAGGAGGGAGCGGAUUACAAAAUUAGGGAAAUGUUCCGCUUGUUCGCAGAUAACAAUCAGUGCAAGCAUAUAUUCUUUGCUGGUUGCCAUGAUACUGGAUAUCUCUCUUUGAUCACACCAUACCGGGGGAAGACAGAUCGAAUAACCCUUGUCAAAGCUGCUUCUUUCCAUCCCGAAUUUGAGAGGCUCGAUCUGCCAGUGAGGGAGCUUCCUACUGUGUUUAUGUCGACUCAGUCAGCCGGAAACCGUGCACCGUCGCCAACCAUCUCAAUUCCAACUGCUCCUAAACUUUGCACGUACUAUCAAAAGGGCACAUGCCGAUACGGUAGCUCAUGUAAGAAGAUACACAUAUCGCCUGGCCAGCAGCUCUCGAAAACACCCGAGCAUUCCACCCGGCUCUCAAUCUCCUCGCAAGAUAAGAACCAUACCACUGCGCGCGAAUCAGAAUUCUACUCCAAGAACCUUCCGUAUAUGAAUGUCAAGUCGCUGGACUUUAUACCGGUGAACAAAGACGGAGAGCGUAUCGACACAUACGUGCCGCCGCCUUCUCCGGAAGUGUGGGAAGGAUACGUUCAGCGUUCGAAAGUACGUAAGUUAUGCAACAAUUAUCAUCUUGGUGGCAGUUGUGGCAAUGAAAUUUGCGAGUUUGACCAUAGUCCCGUGGACUCCGACUCACUUAACGUCAUGAAACAUAUACUCCGCCAACACGUGUGCUCAAAAGGCACCAAGUGUCGCGCUUUGAACUGCUAUGUUGGCCACCACUGCCAAAAAGGUGGCUGCCGGGGUAGUAAACCCUGCAGGUUUGGCUGGCGUGGUCACACACUGGAUCUCACUGUAUCUCAGUGGGAAACGCCCGUUGAAAGGUCGACGUCCGCAGACUCUUCAGCGAGUCCGGAUUCGGUUGACGAUGACUCUGGCGCCUGGACUACUACCGGCUGGGGUGAUUCGAAUGGAUCUCCUCUUGAGCCUUCAUUUAACCACACAUUGAGCAAUAUGCGACUAUGA